UGUCGUCAACAAUGAGUGUUAGGUUGGCAGACGGUGUUAGUAGGGAUAUGACUGUACUAACCGCGGAGGUGGAGGUGACACUGAAACACAAGACAAGAAAAACUAGUUUUGUGAUUUUUCCUGAUGCCGUCGGUAACGAGAACGAGUCUCUCUUAGGAAUAGAUUUCCUUAAGAACUUCGAUUUAGUCGUUGAUUUUCGCGAUGAUCUCUGGUAUUUCGCUGAAAAUAGUAAGCAAAAGUAUGAGUUACAGUUCGAAAGCGUGUCACCUCCCACUCUGUGUGUUGCUGCUUUAGAGGUGCUUCGGGAGAACGAGGCUACGUUGCUGAACGCACAACAACGCGAGUUGCUUGCCCAGUUGCUCACUGGGAACAGGGAUCUGUUUGAGCCAGGGGGAGGGCCAACUCCUUUUGCUGAGCACAGGAUCGACACGGGUGACCAUGCACCUAUCGCGGUGCCGCCUUAUCGUGUCACACCUGCCAAGAAGGAGGUGAUGCGAGCGGAAAUAGAGAAGAUGCUGGCGGACGAUAUAAUAGAAGAGUGCGAGUCCCCAUGGGGCUCCCCAGCUCUUUUGGUCCCCAAGGCUAAUGGCAAGUCUCGUCAGCCAGGUGAUGUAUUUGACGUCGGGGACAGUGUCCUCAUUAAGUCACACGUUCUGAGCAACGCAUCAAAGAACGUCUCAGCCAAGUUCGUGCCAAAAAGAGAUGGCCCUUACCUGGUUGUUAAGAAGGUUAGUCCGACAACUUACCUAGUCGCUGAUCCUAAGUCACCCGGUGAGGUUCUGGGCAAGUAUCACUCCUCUCAGCUGGUUCGUUAUAAUAGUAGGGAUGACGUCCUUCCUUCUCCCGUAGUGCCUAAACGAAAUAGAGGUCGUCCACGUAACCGAGACCAGAGUGUUGUGCGAGUCCAUGGACGUGGGCGUCUUCAUGAACUCGAGGGGGAGUCUAUAGCGUGUGACAGAGACGACACGCCUACGCGUUCGUUGGAAGUAGUUGGCACUCCAACUUUGCGCCUUCCCAAUAGAACUAAUCGAGGUCGACCUCCGGCUCGGUUCCUGACAGGUUAAGCCGCAGGUCAAUUUGUGCUGGUCGCUUGCGGGAACACAUGUUUUAGUAUUGCGCGGACGCCAACAGCGCUGCGCGCAGUUAGUCCGGUAGCAGGUGCCGAUGGGGAUAAACGUGUGCGCGUACUCGACCCCACGACCGAUCGAUUUUGUAAUCACUUUUUGUGUUUUUAUAGUACGGUGUUCGUUUAUUAAAAUAAACUUUUUUUCUAACUUCA